AUGAAAAAAAAAAAAAAAAUUUAGCUCGACUGUUGUGCUCAAAUGGCAACCAUAAUCGAAAAUAAAUCAGAAAUUAUAUUAAGAUGUUAUAAUGAUUUUACAGAGAAAGCUUUAAAGAUUAAGUUAAAAGUCUUAGAAUACUACAAUGACAAUUAUUUAAUAUACAAAGAUCAAUCUCAUGAUUGUAAUAGUAUCAAAGAGUUACUAGCUCAUGAAACUACACAAGUAAAAUUUAUAAUUUUAACUAACAAGCUGUUACUUGAAACAAUAAUCAUACUCAAUUGUUUAAUUGGACAAAAACUUUGAUUAAGAUUAAGAA